CUCAGGAGUACAGCAACUUCCAAUGGAGGUCCUUCAAUCCUGCAGAUGUGCUGAUUGUCGCUGAGGCCAACAGUCCUCUUCAGUAUCCUACCCAGGGUGUGGAGGUGCGACCCCUCCAAACAAUCUUUAUUCCAGGUAGCAGCACUGUUUAACACAGAACAGUAUGAAACAAACUGAUGGCCUUACAGUUACAGAAGUCCCUUUCAGACGUGCGUUCAUUUCUGUUGUUCUAAUGGCAUUUGAGGCAUUUUAAAUGAGCCCCCUGGUCAUAUUUCAUGAAAGUCACACAGUGAUAAUUUGGUUGGGCCUAGUAACUUGUCUUCAUCACUUCAAUAUGGCGCAAGUCUUAACUGUAUGUCGCAAGCACGAGCCGUGUACUGUCAGUUGUGUGAAGCAGUUUGAGGAAGUCUUUUUCCACAUUCCAACACCAAAAAUCUCCCCUCUGGGGAGCAAUAAAGGAUUAUCUUAUCUUAUCUUAUCUUAUCUUAUCUUAUCUUAUCUUAUCUUAUCUUAUCUUAUCUUAUCUUAUCUUAUCUUAAAAACAUCAAAGAGAGCACCAUAGACACAGUCUGUAAGAAAAAUAGCACACCUUCCUCAUGCGCUUAAGCCGACAAUUUUACAUCCAUUAUAAACCGGAAUAGUCCAUAAAAAUCCCACUUUCCUUUGAUGAAGGCAGGAUACAUCAGAUUAACGAAACUCACCAAUAGUGAGUGUAUUCUGGGUGUUGGCAAAAUGUUAGGAGGAGCUAAAAUUUAGCUUGUUGCUUUUCAGCUGUUUGUGAACACCUGUAGCAUCAGACAGCAACAAAAUCCACAUAAACCUAUCUACACACAUGCAGAACCACAACAUGUAACUUCAUUAAUUGCUUAUAAUUAAUUGACAUUAAAGUAAAAGUGACCCAUGUCAGAAUGAUAAGAUGCCAUCACAUUACAGAUAGAUGAAGCCAGCAGUGUUGCAUAUUAUUUGUCUGAAAAGGCUACAUUCACUCUCUUCAUCAUCAUUCCACUUUGACAUCUCAAGUAAUCACUGCACUCUUUCCAUAGGUCUGGGUCUUAAAGAAGAAGAAAGAUCAGUCCAUACAGUAACUUCUUAAUUUUAAGGUUGUCGUUGUAUUUGAUAUAUUCAUAUUUUUGUACAAGUAUUAAAGCUUUUUGUGUUUUCCCCCUCCCAAACUAUACAAAUUGUCUAACAGGUGCAUUUGACAGCAACUCUGGGGACUUUUGAUGUUGCUGCAACGGUGGACAGGGUCUCCAUCAAAGGAGAGGGAGAGAAGCACAUGAUCCUAUCAAGUCCUCAUCUCUCUGACCUGAACAGGCAGCUGCAGUUUGUCACCUAUACAAACACUGUGUUCAACCCGAAGACAGCAGAUACAAUUCAGUUUGCAACUGAAAGUCACCGGUCAUUGUUCAUCAUCAAAGUUGGGCAUCCAACUCGUCCGAAGCUUCACAACUCGGGACACCAGGAAGAGUACAACAUUAAUGCUCUUGUUACCAUUGCCACCAAGACCUUUCUACGCUAUGACAAACUCAAAGAUCUUAUCGACAGCAUACGGCAGUAUUACCCCAGCGUCACCAUAGUGAUAGCAGAUGAUAAUGAACACCCUGUGCCAGUGACCGGGCCUCACGUUGAACACUACAUUAUGCCAUUUGGAAAGGGUUGGUUUGCUGGAAGAAACCUGGCAGUCUCUCAAGUGACCACCAAGUAUGUGCUCUGGGUGGAUGAUGACUUCAUCUUCACUGCAAACACCAAGUUGGAGAAGAUGGUGGACAUCCUUGAGAAAACCACUCUAGAUCUGGUCGGCGGUGCAGUGAGAGAGGUGACGGGCUACACUACAACAUAUCGUCACACCAUUUCAGUGGAGGCAGGAGGAGAGGAGGGUGACUGCAUACAUAUCAGAAAUGGCUUCCAUCAUACCAUCGACGGAUUUCCCAACUGUGUGGUAGCUGACGCCGUCAUCAACUUCUUCCUGGGGCGGACGGACAAAGUGCGGGAGGUUGGCUUCGACCCGCGCCUGUCACGACAAGCACACCUGGAGUUCUUCGUCGAUGCUCUGGGCUCUCUCCACGUGGGCUCCUGUAGUGACGUCAUCGUAAACCACGCAUCGAAGAUCCAACUACCCUGGAGUAAAACAGAGUCGCAAAAGGCCUAUGAAAAAUUCCGUUACUCGUCUUCCAGUGCGAAUACUAACAUGCAAAAUGAAGUCUUCUACUUCAAGAACAGAUUUAAAUGCAUGACUAGUCAGUGACACUUGGACUCCCACGUGUCAAAUGUAAGACUGUGAAAUUAUUUUUGCUCUCAGGUUAAUGAAGAAUGUCGUUAAGUGGAGAAGUCCACGAUUAUAUGUUUUCAUAAAUGAUUACAACUUGUGCCCUGUUUGAUGGGAAUUCAGUCAUUGUUGGACGCUGCUAAAUUGUCAGUCAGCUUUUCAGUACUCAACUUAUUCAGAAAAUCCUGUAGUCUGUUUUUUUUAUGGCACAAUAGUUUGGUUUACAAAACUUCCUAUGUGAUCAUGUUCCAAACUUCAGGCUCUGGAGUUGCAAGUAAAUUCUAAUUGUAUGUUGAAAUGCCGAGUACAGUCAGUGGUGCAAUGCAUGAGUGGAUGAGUGAGUGUGAGUGGGAGAACUGAAGAAAUAACACAAAACGAACCAAUGAAAAGCGAAGGCCAUGUGGCUGCUCAGGCACUCCAAUGAUAGGCUUUCGUAACACUGGCACUCAUGAAACAGAAGCAACCGAAAGAGUGAAAGACAAGUAGAUACGAGAGAGGAUUAGAGAGAGAGUGCCAAAGUUGCACUUCUUGUUUUGACUCAGUGACAGUUUGUCCACAGCCUGUUUUAUGGUCAUGUCUCAGUAGUGAGGCUUUCAAAGCUUCUUUCCCUCUCCGCUGAUGUGAGUGACUGUCCUAGUUGGCUUUGGGUGAGAGGCGGGGUUCACACUGGACAGACAGACCUCCGUCCACACUUAUAUUCAUAGCUAAGGCCUAAUUAGAAUCACCAACAGCCUAACUUGCUUCCUGUGAGGCCGCAUUGCUGACCUCUGCCUCACUGCGUCACCCUCUUUUAGCAAUAUCACAAAAAAAUGUCAGUAGAAUAUUACAAGUGUUUUUGGAAGAAAGAGAUCGUGCCACAAUGGCUAGAAGUGUACUUUCCUUUAAGAAGCACUCCUCCAAAUCUUAGGAGCCUUUUACAUCUUUUUUGCACUUGGAUUUGUUAGCAAAAAAAGGGACUUUUGUUGAAUUGUAUAUUGUUUUUAGCUGAUGUUCAUUCCAGUCAUUUAGGAGCCGAUGUGUUUGAUGACAGAUGAUGUUGUAUUUUUUGCUAUUUCAAAAACAAGAUGUUGGCUUUUUUCACAAAUGACACUUGUUGUGCCAGUGAGUUGAUGAUAAUAAUAAUGAUAAUAAUAAUAAUAACAAUAAUAAUUCCUUCAUUGCACUGAGAUGUUUCCCUGCCACAUGUUAGUAGAAUGAAUCAUCAUUAAGGAUAGUGGUUACAUCAGAUAUUUUUCUAUGGAAAGGUUUUCUUUAACAUCUGACUGUGUUCCAGCAAACGAAGUUCUUUUGUUUGACUUGAUUUUUACUGCCAAGUAAAGAUGUUUGGUGUUAAAAAAAAGUAAUUUCCUUCCUUGGCUCUUCUUUGUUUCGCUGUGUGUCUGUGAAGGACAGAAUCACCUGUGUGUGAAUCUGUGGCAGUGAAAGUUCAUCCUCUUGUUAAUAUGAUGACAAGUUACUCAUUGCCUUGAAUAUGCUGAAGAGUCAUUCCCUCACUAAGAAUAACCAUCAGCUGGUAGCAUCUCAGAGCUUUGAUAUGAAUGCUAACUGCUUUUGUUUGGUUGUCUGGGUUAAGUCCCCAGCUUGGUGACAAGGGGUUUGUUAAAUAUAGGGACAACCACAUAAAACGGCUGAGGGCCAAAAGCUGAAGUAACUGAAGCUGUUUUGUAAAGGUUUUGUAAAUAUAUUUAUGUCAGAAGUGAUGUGGAAAAUAAGAUUUGUAAGAGUUUCUCCAGUUGGGAUUGGAAAAUGAGAGUUACCGUUAUAAAAGUGAUAAAACAUAACUAAGUCCGAUAAAGUAAAAUAAUGAGGUACUAGUACUUUACUUGAGUCUAUCUAUUUUAACUAUUAUUACCUUAGAAUCAAAAAAGAGCAGCUGCUAGGCAUGUUCAGUAGAAUAACUGAGGCCUAAAAUUAUUUAAAUUACCAAAUAUUUCAUAAAUAAUUAAAACAAAUAGUGAUUGAUCCAAAUAAGAACAGCAGAUUUGUCACAGAACUUUGUUUUUGUUCUUUACUCCUCUGUUAUUAUGAUUAUUGUCACAAUCCUCAGGACUUGUCUUGUGAUCCGUUGGAUGAUGUCCAGCCUGGAAAACCUUUAGACAGCAUACCAUGGCUCCACCUCAAACUUCUAAAUCCUGUUUGCUCACUGUUGCCUUAAAAAUCUAACAUCAUGUAUAAUAAAUCCGAGUCAGUAAUAAAAUAUCUUUAUACUGUUGAAAGUGUACUUUUAUAAAUCAGAGUAUCUCCUCUGGGUAUAAAUUCUAUUUCUUUUUGGUUUCAACCACAAAUCCUUUGACUUAGACUUACAGACUUUAUUAAUCCCCAGAGGGAAAUUCUGUGAAUAAUAAGGGUAACAGGCUGCUUGUACAAAUUUUUGUUACUAUGGAGAUUGCUGACUCUUUGGAGAAUCGUGUGAUCCUUCAUUCAGAAUAUGGAAACAACAAACAGGCUGUCAUUCCAUCUGUUCACCACAAGAUGGAGAUAAAAGAUCAGACAGAUGGCACACAGGCUGGGAGGUCCUCUGGAUUGUCAAAUACAAAUGUAUUUUUCACUACAUUUUCAUUCUUGC